CGCCCGCGAGCUCCGUGGUGGGCCCGGAAGUGCAGGCGGGGCGGGCUGCAGGAGCGUGGCGGCGAUGAAGCGGGACGUGCGCAUCCUCCUUGUGGGGGAGGCCCAGGUGGGGAAGACAUCGCUGAUUAUGGCUCUGGUGGGGGAGGAGUUCCCAGAAGAGGUGCCCCCUCGUGCGGAAGAGAUCACAAUCCCAGCUGAUGUCACGCCUGAGAAAGUCCCCACUCACAUCGUGGACUACUCAGAAUUGGAGCAGACAGAGGAGGAGCUGCAGGAAGAGAUUGCAAAGGCCAACGUGGUGUGCGUGGUGUAUGAUGUCACCAAAGAAGCCACAAUUGAGAAGAUUCGGACAAAGUGGAUUCCUCUGGUGAAUGGGGGAGUUGAAAAGGGCUCCAGGAUCCCAAUCAUCCUAGUGGGGAACAAGUCUGACCUGCAGCCUGGGAGCUCCAUGGAGAUCAUUCUGCCCAUCAUGAACCAGUUUUCAGAGAUAGAGACCUGUGUGGAGUGUUCUGCCAGGAACUUGAAGAACAUCUCUGAGCUGUUCUUCUAUGCCCAGAAAGCUGUGCUGCACCCAACCGCCCCCUUGUAUGAUCCAGAGGAGAAACAGCUGAGACUGGUGUGUGCACGAGCGCUCACACGAAUAUUCAACAUCUCAGACCAGGAUAAUAACCAGAUCCUUAGUGACGAUGAGCUCAACUGCUUUCAGAAGUCCUGCUUUGGGAACCCCCUGGCUCCCCAGGCCUUGGAAGACGUGAAGAUGGUUGUGUGGAAGAACACUACAGAUGGGGUACAGGACAACGGCCUGACAUUAAAUGGCUUCCUCUUCCUGAACACGCUCUUCAUCCAGAGGGGACGGCACGAGACCACAUGGACCAUCCUGCGACGCUUUGGCUAUGAUGAUGAGCUGGAGCUGAUGGAUGACUAUCUCUACCCACAGUUCCGGGUGCCCCAUGACUGUUCCACUGAGCUGAAUCACUUUGGCUACCAGUUCCUUCAGCGGAUGUUUGAGAAGCACGACAAGGACCGGGAUGGAGCACUCUCACCUGCAGAACUGCAGAGUUUCUUCAGUGUCUUCCCCUAUGUGCCCUGGGGGCGUGAACUCUACAACACGGUAUGCACCACUGAUAAAGGCCUGCUUUCCCUGCAUGGAUUCCUCUGCCAGUGGACGCUGGUGGCCUAUCUGGAUGUCCAUCACUGUCUGGAGUACCUCGGUUACCUGGGUUAUCCCAUCCUCUCUGACCAGGACUCUCAGACACACGCCAUCACAGUUACCCGGGAGAAGAGAAUUGACCUGGAGAAGGGCCAGACCCAGAGGAAUGUCUUCCUCUGUAAGGUGAUUGGCCCCAGAGGCACGGGCAAGUCUGCAUUUCUACAGGCCUUUCUGGGGAGAAACCUGCCUACACAGAUGGAGUCCCCAGGAGAUCUGUCCUUCCAUGCCAUCAACACAGUACAAGUCAACAGCCAGGAGAAGUAUUUAAUUUUAUAUGAGAUCGACGUGGACACAGAGUUCAUGAAAGCAUCCGAUGCAGCCUGUGAUGUUGCCUGCUUAAUGUACAAUGUGAACGACCCCAAAUCUUUCAACUACUGUGCCAGCAUUUAUAAGCAACACUACAUGGAUGGACAGAUUCCCUGCGUCUUUGUAGCCUCUAAAUCAGACCUUCCAGAAGUGACUCAGCAGCAUGGACUCUCACCAGCUGAGUUUUGCUACAAGCAUCGCCUCCCACCACCAUUCUACUUCACCUGCUGCACCCAAGACCCACCCAGCACCACUGUCUACAGCAAACUGGCCAUGGCUGCCACUUUCCCCUUCUCUGCUCUGCUGCUGGGAUCAAGCAAACUGGAGACAAAACAGGCUGGCCUUACAGAAACACUGGGCCUUGGCUGUCAGCUACAAACAGAAGAGACCUGGCUGUGGUUUUCUAUUUGCUGUUUCUGUCUGGUGCACCGUGAUCUGCACCAUCUCCAGCAUUGCCAAUGACAAUCCUCCUGGCCCAAGAGCUGCCUAGGAGAGUUUGUUUCUGGCCCAAGGUGCAUCGUUUGCCAGGAAUGUCUUUAGGGCUUUGUACAGUUGGCUGAAUGGCCUCUUACCUGUUUUCUUGCAGGCACCUGAAUGAUAGUGAGCUGGGAGCAGCUUCCUUCUGGCUCCGGGUUGCCUUGGGAGCCACUAUGACCGCCCUGGUAGGAUUCACGCUUUA